UUAACAAAAAAUCCUCCAACGCUAGAGGAAGCGAGACAACGCAAGAUUUGAAAAUAUCCAACCCCACAAAAAACAUUGCCACCGUAGACAUUCAUUCUAUUGAUUCUCUUUUUCAAACUUCAUUUGUUUUUCCCUUUCUCCUUUUCGGUUCAACUAAUGGGUGCAGAGGUUAAGAUCUGGAACCCCGUUGAAGUUGCGGAGCAAGCUCGCCAUGACUAUGCCUCGCAGAUUCAUCCCUCGCCUCUUACCAUUGACCCUUCGCUCCCCCUUCCUCAAAUGACACCUCUCGUCCGAAAGUUGUGCAAGGAUAUGUUCAAGGCAUGGUCGAAUUUGGAUGAUUCUUGCUUUCAUGUUGAGAAGAUUUCCGGGGGCAUAACAAAUUUGUUACUCAAGGUUUCGGUUAAAAAGGAAAAUUUUAUUGAGGAAAUUAUAACCGUCAGAUUGUAUGGACCCAACACUGAGUACAUUAUUGAUCGUCAGCGGGAGUUGCAGGCUACCAAAUACAUCACAGCUCAAGGAUUUGGUGCUAAGUGGCUCGGCAUAUUUGGGAAUGGCAUGGUGCAAUCCUUUAUAAAUGCACAUACUCUAUCUCCCUCAGAUAUGCGGGAACCAAAGCUGGCUGCUAAGAUAGCUAAGCAACUUAAAAUAUUUCAUCAUGUGGAAAUUCCAGGCUCAAAGGAACCUCAAUUAUGGGAUGAUGUCUGGAAGUUCUUUGAGAAAGCAUCUGUUCUUGAGUUUGGUGAUAGUAAAAUGCAGAAGACUUAUGAGACAAUUUCAUUCAAGGAAGUUCAUGAUGAAAUCGUUGAGCUCAAGGGAUUGUGUGAUCUUCUCAAAUCUCCUGUAAUUUUUGCUCACAACGACUUGCUUUCUGGAAAUAUAAUGAUUAAUUAUGAAGAAGAUAAACUUUACUUCAUUGAUUACGAAUAUGCAUCAUACAACUACAGAGGAUAUGAUAUAGGAAACCACUUUGCAGAAUAUGCUGGCUUUGAUUGUGACUACGACUUGUACCCAAAUAUGACUGAACAAUAUCAUUUCUUAAGGCAUUACUUACAACCUGAAAGACCCCACGAGGUGUUCGAGAAAGAUCUUGAAACUUUGUAUGUUGAAGCAAAUACAUUUUCCCUUGCCUCUCACAUUUUCUGGGCACUGUGGGGUCUAAUUCAGGCAAAGAUGUCUCCAAUUGAAUUUGAUUAUCUUGGUUACUUUUUCCUUCGAUACCAAGAGUACAUAAGGAAGAAAGAGAAGUGUUUUAUGCUGGCACGGACCUACCUUUCAGGAUGCAAAAAUGAAUAGAUAUAUAGAUUAUGCUUACCCAAUGACUCUUGGGUUUUCAUUCGUCAUGUUUGUAGCAUGAGUCCCCUGAUUCUUGUAGUGUAAUGUUUGUGUAAAAUAUAAUUUUUAGGCACUUGUCAAAAUAAUGGCUUAUUAAUAUAUCAUUUUUAGUUUGAUCUAGGAGGCUCAUCGACGUUGUAAUCCCCUAGAACAUAGGUUAUAUAAUUUGAAAUAUUCUUUUUCUUGGAUUUUAGUCUUUAUAAGUUUUGGUCUGUAAUCAAAAGUCUUUGUUAUCGUUUUUUUC